AUGAGGUAUUUUGCAUUAUUUUUAGAAAUUUGUGCUCAGCUUUUCAAUAAUUUUGUUUUCACUGCCUACAAGCUUAUUCUUGAUACUGAAACAAGUCAUCCACAUGAAUGGGCAGAACAUCAAUUCGAAAAUUCAUCAUUCCUUUUGGAGCGCUUACAUGGCACCUCUGUUAGCGUGCUAGGUGUUAAAGAAGGCGUUUUUCGAUUUAUUGGUUACAGGGAGGAAUUUGAAUCAGACAAAGAACCUACUGAAUGCACUCAAAAAACGGAUAAAACCAGUCCAUUUCGUCAAAUUUGGUGGAAUUGCAUCAGUAGUAAUAUGAUUGAAUGCCAAUUAAUUGAAUUAGACAGACCUCUCAAUUUGCAAUGGGCAAUUACUCUUAUUGAGUAUUGUGACUCAAAAAUUAAAUUAGGUGUGUGGUCUAGGCGCUGCCUUCUUAGUCGUGAAAUGAUUAUCUUCUCCUCACCGCUUGGAGCUUCGCACCCCUUAGCAAACUUUUCAUUUGUGAGACACAGAAAGUAUGAAUUAUUAAGGAAAAAGUUCAUUUAUGCAGAAUGGAGGCAUGCUGACAAAUUAAGGUCUCUUGUGAUUUACGUCGAUCAUCAAAUUACUUUCUACUAUUUUUCUGGGUCUCCAAUAUACAUUCAAUUUACAAUACUCGAUUCUACCAGUGUUUUUACUAUUUCAAAAUUAGCCAAAUCUUGCCAUUCUCUCAUUUGCUUUUUGCUUCAAUGUAAUAUUCAAAAAAAAAUGGUUUUUACUUUGACUAGACAAUGUCUGUACCCUCAACUCGGUAUAAUUGCAGCACACCGGGAUUUUCCUAAAAAGGAAAGAAGACUUAACUGCCAGGGGCAACUUUUACAUAAACACAAAAACAAAGAAAUGUACUUAUGUACUGAUAACAUGAAUUUGUAUUAG